AAGCAGUAGCCCCACACUGCUUUCUGUGUCCUGCGGGGAAGUGGGUUGUCCUAACUCCAGAUUUUCUGAGGACGACUCCCGAGCGCGGUUUGCAUGCGCACAUAAACAUGUAGCUGUCUUUGCCCCAGAUGUCGCACGCCAGUCAACCACGCAGCUGAAAAGGGAUGGAGCCCAGCCUUCCAUGUUUCAUCUUCUUCUCUCUGGUUGGCUUUGUCUUCACCUCCUUUAAUGACCUCCACCGUAACGGCACCCAACACCAUGACUACUGCGUGCUUGGAGCUGGACCUGCUGGCCUGCAGAUGGGCUAUUUCCUGUCCAAGGCUAAAAGAAACUACAUUAUACUGGAGAGGAACUCGGGACCUGGUAGCUUCUUUAACAAGUACCCCAGGCACAGAAAACUCAUUAGCAUUAACAAGAUCCAUACUGGAAGACGCAACCGGGAGUUCAACCUGCGGCACGACUGGAACUCUCUGCUGAGCGAUAAACCAGACCUCCUUUUCCAGAGAGUGAGCAGCGAGUUUUACCCGCCAGCAGAUAAACUCCCCCUCUAUCUGUCCAUGUUUGAGAGGGAGCUCAAGCUGAAGGUGCAGUACGGGGUGGAUGUUGGGAGGAUUAGAGCUGUACAGUCAGCAGCAGAAAGGAGCUACAUCCUCACUGAUCAACACGGUGGAGACUACACCUGCAGCGUCCUGUUGGUGGCCACGGGGUUGUGGGUGCCUCAAGUGGUGGAAUUUGUUGGCUCGGAUCUUGUAGAGGGGUACGAGUCCAUCUCUACUAACCCAGAGGACUACAAGGACCAGGCUGUGCUCAUUCUGGGGAAGGGGAACUCUGCUUUUGAAACUGCUCAAAGCAUCAUUGGAACAGCGAGUCGCGUGCACAUGCUCAGCUCCAGUCCUGUUCGCCUGGCAUGGCAGACUCAUUAUGUGGGAGAUCUAAGAGCUGUCAACAACGAGCUGAUAGACACGUACCAGUUGAAGUCCCUGGAUGGACUGGUGGAGGCACGCUUGGAGAAAAUCGUCAUCGCUGAGCGAAAAGAUCAAAGCAGGAGGGCAUCGGGAGGAAAGAAGAAAGGGAAAGGGCGACAGUUUUACCUCAUGCUGAAGAAGUACCUCCAAAACAGUCAGAACAGUUCUGGUGUGACACAGGAAGAGCUGUCGGGGUACCACAUCGACAACUUCCCAAUGAGAAAACCCUACGACCGUGUCAUCCGAUGCCUCGGAUUCCGAUUCAACUUCAGCAUAUUUGACAGUUCUGCAAGCCCACCAAACAGUGAGAAUGCAAAAGGGAGGCUGCCGGGGGUUACGGCGUGGUAUGAAGGGAAGGACACCCCUGGCUUGUUUGUGCUGGGAACUGCCUCUCACUCCAGAGACUACCGAGCUUCUGCUGGCGGCUUCAUCCACGGGUUCCGUUACACAGCCCGAGCUGUGCACCGUGUACUUGAGCAUCGUUACCAUGGAAACGCAUGGCCUUCAACAAAACUGUCAACAACUCAGCUGCUGUCUUGGAUCCUGAGGCGCGUCAGCGAGGCUUCUGGGCCGUACCAAAUGUUUGAGAUGGUUGGAGAUGUUAUACUUCUUCGAGGCCUUCACUGUGAGUACGUGGAGGAGUUUCUGCUGCAGGCCUUGCCACAGUUCUCCACUCUUUCUGGUCAUCAAAUUUCCAGGCAUGGAUUCAUCGUCCUGGUCAUGCAGUAUGGGAAAAAGAAGAUAGACUAUCUGGGACGUGGCAGGGCAGAAACCGACUGGACUAAAGCUUGGAAAUCUAACUUCCUACACCCUGUUUUAUAUUAUUAUGACAGACUCCCCACGGAGGAAGAAAUGAGGAUGCGUCCUCAUGGCUGGCCUUUGCCAAGACCCAAAGCGAUUCAUCACAUGGUUGAGGACUUUCUGACUGAGUGGGAUGGUCCUGUAUCCCACAUCCAGCCGCUGAGAAGCUUCUUGGAGCACUGUGUCCAGACUGACCUCAGGGCUUUUUAUGCCGAGUCAUGCUUCCGUUCUGCGCUCACCCACCGCAAGCCACCGCUGUUUUGCCAGGAGGGGUACUUGAAUCGGCAGGGCCUCAGUCAAAACUCUCAGCUUUUGCAGCAUGUUUAUGAUACUGGACCCCCCCGACCCCAGCACCAUGACGCGGGCUCGUCAGACGUUAACCCAGCAUUCCCCAGCUACCUGGCACCAGCCGGAGCAUCUCUGUCUUCAGGACUGAAACUUGACCUCUGAUAGCUACAUUAAUGCUACUUAGUUGUGGGAAAUAGCUACCUCCAUCAUUCAUAUUUAUUCCUUUUAUAUACCAAAAAAAAAUACAUGAAAUACUAUCUAUUGUAUCACUGUUUACUAUCCGUAUUUGCUUUCUCCUCCUCAAAAAAAAUAUAGCAUUUCAUUUAUAAAUAUUACAUCACUACAUGUCAACAUUCCUACCUUUACAUGAUUUGAACCAAAAUGAUAUUUAUAACUCUUUCUUUUUUUUACCAGGUUCAGAGGUGUACUUUCUAAAACUAAUGUUUGCUUGUUUUUUUGUUUUUUUUGUUUUUUUUAGUUCUUACUCCUAUGAGAUUAUAUUUAACUAUAUAGUUAAGUAACAAGCUGGUUUAAACCACUUCUUAUCACUGGAAAGGCACUUUGUCUCUUAUCAGCUUUAUUGUCUCUCAUAAAUAUUUAUGUUUUUUACGCUUUUUUGUCAUUUCAUAUCAUGGAAAUCUAUACAGGUGGAGGUGAAGUGUCAAAAAUUAUAAUUUUUAUAAAAAAAUAAAUAUUAAAAUGUUUGUAAAA